CCCACUUUCUGUGUGAGCGUGUGUCUGUGUGUGUGCGCGCGUGUGUGUGCGCGUGUGUGACAGCCGGCGCUGCACCGCCUCUGCUGACGGACGCUGUGAUAUCAACACUGCAGUACAGGGUUGGUCGCAGUUUCUCACCUGGCGACGUAGAGUACACCGAAGACCCAAUCAAGGAUGUGGAAGAGUACAUUUGUACGCUGUGCGCUGCCUGCUCUGCUGCAGAGAAGUAGCUCCGUCACGGCCUGCCAGGCUCUGAGGGCUCGGGGUCGGCUGGGAUCGCCUGCAGUUUCCCCCCCAUGUUUUCUGACUUCAAUGCAGCUCCGCGGACAGCAGACGCUGGUGUCAGCCUCCCUCGCCAUGGCUCGCCACGGGGUGAGGCAAGCCCGGGCCCUGCACAAGGAGAGGCUGGUGGAGGUGGAGUGGGAGGAUGGGGGCCAAAGCCUUUAUCCAUUCACCUGGCUGAGAGACAACUGCCAGUGUCCGCUGUGUACGCUGCAGUCGGCAGAAGCCCGCAGCUUGUUGCUCUCUGAUCUUGAUAUCCACACGGGCGUCGAAACUGUCCAGAUCACCGACAGCAACAAGGUGUCCAUCGUGUGGCCCGACCAGCACACCAGUGUGUUUGACGCGGAGUGGCUGAGGAAACGCUGCUUCUCUUCUGCCGCCAGACAAGCAAUGCAAGAAGAGCUUUUCAUCAAUGAGCGUUAUUACUGGGACUCCAAGCUGCGCAUCCCCACCGCAGAUUUCCACGAGGUUCUCCAUGACGACAAGGCGGCUCUGGCCUGGCUCCUGGCGCUGCGUCGCGUCGGCAUCGUCUACCUGAAGGGGGCGCCGACCACCCGAGGCCAGGUGGCCAGACUGAGCGAGCGGAUCGGCUAUCUGAGGCUCACGUUCUACGGGCACACAUGGCAGGUCCAGGACAAGCCCAUGGCAAACAACGUGGCCUACACCUCAGGAAAACUCAGCCUCCACACAGAUUACCCUGCACUGCACUUCCCACCUGGAGUGCAGUUCCUGCACUGCAUAAACCAGGCGGAUGAAGGAGGGGAGAGCGAGGUGGUGGAUGGCUUCCACAUGGCCGAGCAGCUGCAGAAGGAGGACCCCGGGGCCUUCGGGACCCUCACGUCUCUGCGUGUGGACUUCAAGGACACGGGGACGGACUACUGCGACUUCAUGGUGCAGUCCAAGAACCGCAUCAUCGAUGUUGACAGCGAGGGUCGAGUCUGCAGGAUAAAUUUCAACAACGCCACCAGAGACUCGGUGCUGGACGUCCCGGUCGAGCAGGUGCAGCCCUUCUACCGGGCGCUGAAGGCCUAUGUGGACAUCAUGAACCGGCCGGAGAACGUGGUCACGUACCGGAUGGAACCAGGUGACCUGGUGACCUUCGAUAACUGGCGGCUGCUUCACGGACGGAGGAGCUACGUCAGCAGCCCGGACAGACUGCGCCACCUGGAGGGCGCCUACCUGGACUGGGACGAGGUCAUGUCCCGCCUGCGGGUGCUCCGCAAGUCUGUCCACGGGGAAAUGUGAGCCCGCGCCGUUUGACCAUGUAGCCUGUAGCCUGUUUGCUGGUCUGAAGAGAUUACCGAGGGCAAAGUGCAAAGACGCUGAAAAAGGCCACGAGCUUCACCUCUGACCUGAUCUGAGGUCAGUCACAUGACUCACAGACGGUACCUCCUUUUGUAGGAACGCAUUCUGAUCAAGUGGAGUUUAAAAUAUCACUUCACCUUUACAAGUGAGAUUGGGAUCUAGUGCCAUGCAGAUAUCAUGUUAUUUAUUUUGUCAUGUGAUGCAUUUCCCCAUAGGCCUUAAAACGUGUUAGAGGAAGAAAACUCUCGGCUUUAUGAAACUCUGCCGUUUGGUUUGGAAAAGGCAGUUUUGUGCUCGACUUGUGACAAACAUGCUUUUGUGCAUGGCAACUUUUGUAAGCGCAAAGUAUCUAGUUUUAUACGCUGACUCAUCAUGUGUUUGGACAGACAACGUAAUGCUUUAGUCAUUAUCAUUAUCAUUAGUAUUAUUAUUAUUAUUAUUAUUAACCUGUUGUAAUGCUGCAUUCCCUGUUGCUACCUCUGCUGUGUAACCCCGUGCCUUGGACCUUCCCCCGGUUUGAGUUCCAGUCUGAUUCAGAGCAGAUCAAUAACAAAGUGCGUCAGGCAGCUUUGCACGCUCGUAGUAGGAAGAAGCAACUGUUUGAAAAACUCAGAACUUCAGUUUCUAUUUUUGGAUAUUUACAUUCACAUUUUUCAAAACGGCUCUUUAACUGAUGUCACGUUACGAGGCCUUUGGGGCAAAAAAUCUUGUAUUUCUCGCGGUGCGUUUGUUUACCAGCCCAGGCGGUUUGUCAGCACCGCGGGCCAAAGGGGCUACAGACAAAACAAAGUGUUUAGCAGCUGCUGUUUAAUAUUUUGUAUUUUGAAUUGAAAUCUCCUCACUUCCGGUGGAUGAAGUGGCCGUCCCGUACACCGGAACUACAUUUGGGCAUUUUUAGUAUGAAUCUGCUGAGUUUCAGUCAGGGGGAAAUGGGACGCUCCCGUCUAUUGUAACCUCAUUUUUUUUUUUUAAAUUACAGACAAGACGGGUGUGUCUUUACAGAAAACUGCACGCUCACUUUGGACAUUUUGUAAGAAGCCUUACUAAUCCGCAUCAGACCGGUGUCAGCCUAAUACUCACUCAUGUUUAUGGACACUGUGUAAACAAAAUGAUUCUGUCCCUGUGCUCCUUCAUGUUUCUCAGUACGCACCGUGCUGUGUUGAUCUUGGCAGAUCCACGAUUUAAAUUCUGUUUCUCAAACUUCAGUUUCCUAAAAACUGGUUCACUGUAAUCACACGGUCCACUCCAAUAAAUCCUCAAAGCU